AUGCAUAUUGAAGACCACCUGCAUGAGGGUGUCUAUCUGGCUGAAAUGGGCCCUUCGUACGACACAAAAGCAGAAUCUCGAUUUUCCAAAUUAAUCGGUGCUGAUGCGGUUGGAAUGAGCACAGCACACAAGACCAUUGUGGCAAAGCACGUUGGCAUGAAGGUCUUUGCCAUUUCAGUCAUUACUGACAAAGUCGUCCUUGAUGAAGACUUUGAAGUCAUAUACACUCACGAAGAGGUUCUCCGAACUGCUGCUAAAUGUGCUGAGAUGAUGAAGUCGCUCUUGAUUAAAAUGCUUGAUAGGCUGUGA